CUCUUCAUUAGGUUUAUAAAUCAAUUAUUGCACAAUGUCUCGUCUUGCCCUGUCAACUCUUGCAUUCUCGCUCGCUUUUGGUGCGGUGGUUCUAGGCUACGCAUUGGAGACUCGGGCUCUCAAUCCCAGCUGCGCUCCUGGUGGCAACUUUGACUUUUCUACUUGGGAACUUCAACUUCCCAUUGGCAGUCCGGGCAGCCCGACGACGAUUUCCGAGUCAGCCCUUGAAGGGUGCUCUGGAUACCAGGAUCCGGGACAUGAUUACUUCUUCACGGAGAGUGGAGAUGGCGCUAUGGUCAUGAAAGUUCCUGGUUCACCUUCGUCCUCCGGAUGCGUGACAACUCCAAACACCAAGUACUGUCGAACGGAGCUUCGCGAAGAGAAUCCUUCGAGCUGGGACCCGAAGGCUGCUAAAAACCGACUCAGCGCCACCCUCUCUGUACCUAAGGCCGAUGACAGCAAACAUGGCACAAUAGUUGGCCAGAUCCACAUGGACUCGAGCGUAUCAAACUAUCCAGUGGCAAAGCUUUAUUAUAACUCGAAAGGAGACCUUACUAUGGGAGUCCACAAGUCACGAUCGGGUGGUCCUGAAUACUACACGUCUUUUGGAAAUAUUCCUUUAAAGACGACUUUCAGCUAUGAUAUUCGGUAUGAGAAUAGUAUCCUGACCUUGGGUAUUAAUGGUGGCGCUGCGAAGACAAUUAGUUUGGGAAACUUGAACCCGCCGUUGAGUUAUUUCAAGGCCGGGAACUACAACCAAGGAAAUGCUUCUUCAGAAGUGCAUUUUUUUGCAGUCUCUGUGCAGCACUGAGAUAUCCCCGGCAAGGAAAGAGUGGUGCUACAAGUGAGAAUGGGUUUGACCUUGGCUUGCUCAGUUUCAAUCAGCUUUUGCGUGGCCUCUCGUUAGAACUUAUCUAGUAGUUUAAAAUUGAUAUUCCAAC